CGAGAGCGAGAGAGAGAGAGAGAGAGCAUAUGGGUUCAGAAAGUGUAUCAAGCGCUCUAGAGAAAGAAAUUAUAGGAUUUGAGUCGCGUGAGUAUUUCUAUGUUUUUAUUACAAACCGGGUGUGCGUGCCCGCGCGUAUGCGUGUGCACGUGAGGGGGCAGACCCCGAGAUAAGGUUGAAUAAACCCCCCGCCGAGCGGAACUUACGUCCAGCAACAAAACCCUCUUAAACCCGGAGGAGGUCUCCGCUCCACACAGACCAGUACGACCACUAGCACCACCAGUACGACGACAAGCACCACCAUUACGAGCACCAGCACCGCCAGUACGACCACCAGUAGGACGACCACCACCGCCAACGGUAGAUCUCCGCGCCGUUGUUCACAACCCGAGAUGAAGGAAGUUCUCUUCUGCGUUGCGCGCCUCCUUGUGCUCUUGUCCCUGUUGGCCGCCAGGCUCGCGCAUGGAGGCAGACCGCCGCUCGCUUACCUGGAGGACUGCGACGACAACACUUGCUUCCUCCUGUUCCCCGGGGCGCACGACUUCGCGGGCGCUCGGGACGCCUGCCGUGCGGAGGGCGGCAUUCUCGCGACGCUGCCGUCGGCGGCGGAGGCGCGCAGGGUCCAGGAGUUACUGCUGCGCGCGAGCAUCGGGAGGUUCUGGAUCGGCCUGACCCUCGCGGAAGGCCGGUGUCCCACCAACGACUCGGCAAAUUACGGCUACGAGUGGGUUACCGGGGCCGCCGCUGGAAUCUCCUCAAACUGGACGGGGGUCCCGGACAGAUGUGACCGCAAGUGCGUGUCCGUCUCGACGGACGGCGCGUGGCAGCAGGAGUCGUGCGAGGGGACUCUGGACGGGUUCCUGUGCUCCGCGCCGUUCGGCUGGUGUCGCGUCACGGACCGGUCGGCCGAACCGGGAGAGCACGCCGCGUUAAACGGUUCAACGAACGCGCGGAGAACCCCAGGUGGAACCCUGUGGACGACCCGAGGGGAGAAGGGCUCGCGCUACAUCGACUUCAAGUGGCUGUGCGGGCACGGCAAGUGGUGGCGCGCGCCGUGGUUCUGCGAGGUGGAGACCGGCGGCUGCUCCCACACCUGCGUGAACAGCAUGUGCACGUGCCCCGACGGACUGAAGCUGCACUCGAACAACGUCACGUGCGUCGACGAGCGCGAAUGCUCCGACACCGCGGACUGCACGGGGGAGCACGUGCAGUGCCGGGAGCGGCUGGACGGGGGCGGGUCCGAGUGCUCGUGCAUGGACGGCUACGCCAUGGAGGACGGGGCUUGCAUGGACGUUAAGAUCUGCGACCUCUGCGAGCACAUGUUGUGCCCCACGGUGGAAGGGGCUAAGGUAUGCAGGUGCCGCCCCGGGUUCGUGGUGUCCCGGGAGAACGCCACCCGCUGCGACCCCCACUGCGACAGGAGCGAUUGCCCCGCCCAAUGCGUGGUGGACGCCAAGGGGCGGUCCCAGUGCCGCUGCCCGUCGGGCUAUGUCGUCAACGACGAGCAAAGCACUGCCCCGCUGUGCGUCCGGAUCGACGACUACGACGACUACUCCGACCCCACCCACCCCACCCCGGGCACCAGCGAAGGGGCGGGGUCCAGAGCCCCCCCGCCCGCCCUCCCGGCCACAGGGGUCCCGGGCUACGUGCGGGUGGGAGCAGCCCUGGGCAUCACGGCGUUCGUGGCGGCGGCCAUGGCGGUUCUGUACCUGCCGCUGCGCUGUGCGCUGCGGCGUGCCAGCGGCACGCUGGAGCUGAGCCCCGACGGCGGCGGGCUCACCCUGCAGCAGGUCACCACCGAGAAGUACCAGCGCUUCUCCUUCGACAAGCAGAGCCGCGAGACCCCGGGGUGGUGACUCCCCGGGGGGGCCGCCCACCCCCCACGAGGACCCGCUCUACGGACCGAUCAGGGACCGGUUCUGGUGUCGGUUGAGUCAGGACCAGACUGGGACCCUUAACUCACCGACACCCCCCUCCACAGGGGGCUCAGAGGCAGAGCGGGGGCUGGAGAGCGGAGCCUCCCUGGAGGGUGAGGGCCCCUCACCUGUAGAGGGUGAGGGGCCCUCACCUGGAGAGGGUGAGGGGCC